AUGACCGUAUCUGCCUAUCGAAAUCAACUUCCCCGGUUAUGGACCCGUACCUUCUCCAUUUCAGGCCCAGAUCUGUAUAAUUCAGCUAGCGGGGUGAAGCGAGCUGCACAGGUGGAAAUCAUCUUUGGACACAAAAAACACCUGCUUAUUUUCCUUCAUGUCGUAGGCCAAGCUCGACCUUCUCUAGUGGACUCUUACAAUAGACGACAUGACUAUCUGCGCAUAUCGUUGACUGAAAGAUGCAAUCUACGCUGCUUCUAUUGCAUGCCAGAGGAAGGUGUACAGCUAUCGCUAAAUGAGAAGAUACUUACGGAUGAAGAAAUACUGCGAUUGGCCAAGCUGUUUGUGCAAUCUGGGGUUACCAAGAUACGACUUACCGGAGGAGAGCCCACGGUUCGCAAAGGCGUGGUCGGUAUCGUAGCUGGUUUGAAUGAGCUUCGUCAAUACGGUCUCAGGUCGAUAGCAAUGACAAGUAACGGGCUUGCUCUUCAUCGGAGACUGCCGGAACUUGUAGAGAAUGGGUUAACCCAUCUAAAUCUAAGUCUAGAUACCCUCGAUCCUUUCAAAUUCGAGUUCAUGACGAAGCGCUCAGGACUGGAGGCCGUCCUCAAGACACUCAAAGUAGCCCUAGAAUCUCCGCAUUUACAAAAGGUCAAGUUGAACGUUGUGGUGGUGAAAGGCUUGAAUGAUAAUGAAGUACUCGAUUUUGUCGAAAUGACAAAGGAUCGACCGAUUUCGGUCAGAUUUAUUGAGUUUAUGCCAUUCAUCGGGAACAAAUGGGACAAAUUCAAGAUGGUACCUUCAUCCGACUUGCUUCGAGUGAUAUCCGCAAAACAUCUUGGACUGGAACGAAUGGCUGACGAAACGAAUGUCACUGCUCGCUCUUGGAAGGUACCUGGCUACCAGGGAGAAUUUGGCUUCAUCAGCAGUAUGUCUGACCAUUUCUGUUCUGCUUGCAAUCGCCUCAGAAUUACAGCGGAUGGACAAAUCAAAGUUUGUUUAUUCGAUGCCAAAGAGGUCUCUCUACGGGAUGAGAUACGCAAAGGCGCUAGUGAUUUCGAAAUCCUUCGUUUGAUUGGCCGAGCGGUCCACGGUAAAGAAGAAAAGCACCUUCAGAUGGAAGAUAUCGACGUUGUCUCUAAUCGACCGAUGAUAUUAAUUGGGCGUGCAUCGAUGGUGGACGUAUCCGAAAAGUCUGUGACAAAACGUUCAGCGACCGCCAAAGGGCGAAUAGUUAUUACUGAACGUGCUUAUGACUUGAUUAACAAGUCUUACUCUUCCGAAUCCGAGUCGAUAAUGGGAAAAAAUUCCUCGUCUAUGGAUGAGGCCCAGAAAAAGGUUCUUAGGAAAGGUGAUACAUUGACAGUCGCACAACUAGCGGCCAUAAUGGGGUCAAAGAAAACCUCUGAUUUGAUCCCUCUCUGCCACCCUCUCCCGCUAACAGAUGUCAAAGUCAAAUUGACUUGCGAGGCCUUUGAAGAAACACAGGGAAUAUGGAAAUACAGUGUUGUGUGCCAGGCUACGGUGGCUUGCGAAGGGAAGACCGGAGUAGAGAUGGAAGCAUUGACUGCUGUAUCCGUGGGUCUACUUACAAUUUGGGACAUGCUGAAGGCGGUCGCGGGUAAGGAGAUGGUAAUCGGCGAAAUCAUGGUGUCCGAAAAAUCGGGCGGUAGAAGUGGGGAGUUUCACAGGCCAUGA